CUGGACGUGAGCUACAACGCGCUGACGUCCGUGCCGGAGACGCUGGGGAGGCUAUCGCACCUGCGAUCGCUCACGCUCAGCAACAACCACCUCACGUCCGUGCCGAAAGCGGUCGGGAACUUGUUGCAGCUCGAGCGGCUUGAGCUCUACUUCAAUCGGCUCACGUCGCUGCCCGCGGACCUGGGGAAGCUGCGGAAGCUGAAGCGGCUGGACAUCAAGCGGAACCCGCUGAAGAGCAUCCCGGCGGCGGUGCGGCAGCUCGAGGACGUG